CCGCGGCAGACAAUGGUGAGGAAAGAUGGCGGCCAGCGACGAUAACCCUAUGCAGCUCUACGAAGUUUUUCAAAAUUGUUUCAACAACAUCGCAAAUAAGCAGAAAGACAAACAUGGCCAACCGGUUGCCACCUACGGAGACAGCCAGGAGAUGUACCCUCCGACGCCCGGAGCGCCGCCCGGUGGUGCGCCAUCUGUAGGCAACCCGUACGGCCCUAGUUCGCCGUAUUUUCCGUUCAGUGGCGCCACUGGUUCACAGGGCUCCAGCUCGGCGGGUAAGCGAUCAGCACUGCCUUCAGUAGGGAGCUUGAAGAAGCGAGAAGAGGCCGGGAUGGACGCCAAUGGGAAGCCGAGCUCCGGAGGCGGCCAGCAGCAAUGGGUAAGCACUGCGGGCCACUGGAAGGGCGCUCUGGGUGGAUAUAGGACCGACCAUCUCACGUAUGUUGGUGAUGACUACUCCACGGACCCGGCCGGCCGGUACGGAUCCUACUUCCUCGACGGUGGCGCCCCUGGCGGCGAUCCGUGGAACCCACAGUAUUCGACCUACUCGCCAGGCGGCCUCAUGGGCACGGCUCAGGCGUCGCCCCACUAUGGCAUGACGUCGAUCGCUGACGGCAUGGUCUGCGGCGGCGCCGACCUGUCCACGGGUCUGCCGUCGAUGGCGUCGUUCCGCGCGCCGCCGUCCUCCACACCGGCGGCCGUGUCCCCGCUGAUGUCGGCCGGCUCGCCCAUGUACAGUGGCGCGCCACCCCCCUCGGCACCCCCGCCGCCGCCGCCCGCGCAGCCGCCCAACACCGGCGACACACUCGGCAAGGCGCUGGCGUCGAUAUAUUCCCCGGAGCAGGCGGGCGGCGGGUACGGCGGAGCCGCGGUCCCCACCACCCCGAACCCUCGAAUGCCCGACGAGCAUUUGGAUGAUGCCAUUGGCCUUCUGAGGGAUCACGCCCAGGUGGUACAGGGGGGCCGGAUCGAGGAGCGGCUCGAUGACGCCCUGAUGGUGAUGAGGAGCCACGCCGAGCCGCCGGCCGGCAUGGGCCUGCACCCGGCCGCCGGCGGGCCGCCGCCGCCGCAGCACCCGCACGGUAACGGCCUGCUGUACAACAUGGAGCAGCACGUGGCGGGCCUGCGGGCGGCCGCCGGCUCUGCGCCGCCCUACGGCCAGCUGGUGUCGCCCACCGACACGGCGGACAGGACACCCGCCGGCGCCAUGUUCACAGAGAAGCGGAAGGACGCGCCCGACAGCACGGACCUGGCGUCCAACCUGUCCUCCAGCUCGGUGGCCGCCUCGACCACCUCUGCCGCCUCGGCCGCCUCCUCAAAGGCCAAGCGGGCGCGGAGAUACCCUGGACAACGGUCCGAUGUCGAUUGUUGCAGCGAAGAUGAGACUGACCUCGACCCGGGCACCAAACUCCUCCGGGAGAAGGAGCGACGCAGCGCCAACAACCAGCGGGAGAGGAUCCGCGUCAAAGACAUAAACGAGGCGUUCAAAGAGCUUGGUCGCAUGGUCACUGUGCACAUGGCGACGGACAAGGCGCAGACCAAGCUGGGCAUUCUGCACCAUGCCGUCGAAGUGAUCAGCCAGCUGGAGGCGCAGGUCCGAGAGCGUAACCUGAACCCGAAGGCGGCCUGCCUGAAGCGGCGGGAGGAGGAGAAGGGGGACGACAUCCCUCACCACCUCCACCCGGCCGCCGCCGGCGCCGGCAUCCCCUUCAACAUGAACGUGACCAACGUCAGCCACGCCGUACGUAGCACCUAGGCGCGGUGCCCUCGCACUCCUUACAGCAUCAACAGUAGCGACACCUAACGGCAGCCAGUGACACCCGAACUGUGGCAGACGGCCGCACGUGGCGCUGUGGCCAGCCGCGGCGCAGCGCGUCCCAUGUGAUACCUAUUGACUCUGCCGCGCGCCGCUGCGUGGCGCUAGUGUACAUAGAGUGGGCGCGCCCGGUGGCGCAGCGGCGCGGGACGGUAGCGUAGGCGGGGCGCGGCCAGCCGGCUCGCGCGCAGCGACCAAUCGACAAGGGCGCCGCACAAGUGUUCUGUGUACAAAGCUGCUAUUUUAUGAGCGAUGGGCCCGCGUGCGCCGGCCGCGCGCAGCGCCUGGCUCGUGCAUGAUAUUCCAUAAGUGCAUUACGUAUUUCGCUCGUGCGUUGUGUCUCAUCCCGGGGUGCGUCCCUCCCGCUGCCCGUCCCCUCCCGUUCCCUCACCCUCUCUCGCCCUAUUUUAUCUCUUCUCAUGACGUCAGCCGGCCGGGCGGCCGCCGCCGUGCGCGCCGUCCGGCCGGCCAUCCGACGCGUCAGUAUUAUGAGCAUUCCGUCAGUGAGAGGCCCCGUGUACAUAGGCCGGGCGUCGGGCCCUGAUCUCGCUAGCGGCCCGCCCCGUCCCGCCCCCCUGCCCCGCCCCCGCUCGGCGGGCGCCCCGUUUGCUCAGCCUGGCAUUACCGUGUGUGAUGGGUGGGGAGAGUGACCGGGGGCACAGUGUAAUGCUGAGUUGUGUCGCCGAUGUGUGACCGUGUGUGUAUGUGUGCGGGUGGCGCGCGCUACUGCCGACCCGCUGCUGCUAUUUUUGUGGUGAUGAGCUUCGGUGGACAAUUUGCGCGCGCGCGCGCGGGGCGCCGCGGUGUGUCUCGGCGGCGGGGUGUACUUUGGCGCGCGACCGGCCGCCAUGGCGGGGCCGUGUAGCGGGAGUCGGCGGCGACUCCGCGCGAAAUCAGUUCAUUCGGCGCGCUGUGUGUGUGGGAGAGAGGUCAUUGUUUUUAGUGUGGCCCGCGUGGUGGUGAAGACGUUGUUUUCUUUGUUGAGUGCGUGUCACCGCGCAGUCUAUGUGUUGUCUGUACUUCGAAUUGCAUUAUACCUGAGUACGAUAGUCGAUUGUAGGAAAUAUAUAUCCAUGUGCCA